UUCCUAGUGUGCCGCCCAGCGAGGGGUCCGCUCUUCCCGGUCACUGUCCCGGUCGUCGCCUGUUGUAAUUCUGCCUGCCUCUCUCCAGCUCCGCCCGGCUCGCUCUCCUCACACUUUCUCUGAUGCCUCAAUCUCCAUCUGUCGGUCUUCCUGCCCUAAUGCACUUGUCUUGGUCGCUCUGUCUUUCCGCCCCGACACCAUCCUUCUCCCAGAGCCUCCCCUCUGCUUCCAGGCUGCAGGGUGAAGGGCCGGGGCCUCCGUCCUGGCCUCCCCAUCUUCUGCCCCGAGUCCGGCGGUCUGAAGGGCCCCGGGUCCUGCAGCCGGGUGGCCCGGAGCCAGCGGGGGGCGGAGCCCACUGGGGCGGGAUUGGCCCCAGGGCCACCUCAUAAAGCCUGGGGCGAGGGGCGCGACGCGUUCCGAAGGAGGCCUGGAGGGGCUGUUCGGUCCGACAGACCCCACAGGCCCUGCCCGGGCUCCGCGGUGUCAUGCCCGGGAGCCCCCGGCCCGCGCCGAGCUGGGCGCUGUUGCUGCGGUUGCUGGCCCUGCUGCGGCCCCCGGGGCUGGGCGAGGCGUGCAGCUGCGCCCCCGCGCACCCCCAGCAGCACGUCUGCCGCGCGCCGCUCGUGAUUCGGGCCAAAAUCUCCAAUGAAAGGGUAAUUCCUGCCAGCACAGACCCUGCUGACACUCAAAAACUGCUCCGGUACGAGAUCAAACAGAUUAAGAUGUUCAAAGGGUUUGAGGAAGUCAAAGAUGUUCAGUAUAUCUAUACACCUUUUGACUCUUCUCUCUGUGGUGUGAGACUGGAUGCCAAUAGCCAGAAGCAGUAUCUCUUGACUGGUCAGAUCCACAGUGAUGGAAAAGUCUUCAUCCAUCUGUGCAACUACAUUGAGCCCUGGGAGGACUUGUCGUUGUUGCAGAGAGAGAGUCUGAAUCAUCACUACCAUCUGAACUGUGGCUGCCAAAUCACCACCUGCUAUACAGUGCCCUGUACCAACUCAGCCCCCAAUGAGUGCCUCUGGACCGACUGGAUGUUGGAACAAAAGCUCUACGGGUACCAGGCCCAGAAUUAUGUCUGCAUGAAGCAUGCUGAUGGCGCCUGCAGUUGGUACCGGGGCCACCUGCCCCUCAGGAAGGAGUCUGUUGAUAUCAUCCAACCCUAGCAGGGACCAGUGACUACCACAUCCCUUCCAGAGUCUUGAAGAUCAAGCCAGUUCUCCUUCCCUGCAGAGCACUGGCCAUCACCACCUGCCCCACUGCUGGCAGCUGAUGGGAAACGUCUAGAGGACAGUCUGGCUGGUGGCAAAGCAGGGAUGGGGCAUGUUACAGUUUGUGUUCAAGAUCCCAACCCUGAGCCUGACAAGGGCUAGGGAAGGUAACAUGACUUUUCUAUCCUGCCUCCAGCCCAUCACCUCUACUUCCAAAACCCCAUUCGUCUAGCCUUGUACCUUUUACUGGAAGUGUUUAUUCUGCCUUAGUUUGUUUUCCAAAUCCAGGACUAUUCCCUUUUGUUCCCAGGAAAAUGUGUUUUCCCUUUGCCUUAACUGAUCUCAUAGGGGAUAAAUGGUGAAUGUUAUGCGUAAGA